GAAAAUGAGAGGACAAUAAGAACAGAACAAGAAAAGAAAGAAAGAAAGAAAGAAAGAAGAGAAAAAAGAGAAAAAAGAAAGAAGGAAACAGACGAAGAAGAAGAAGAGGCUGAUGAUGAGCACCAAAGAAGCAAAGGAGUACCUGUCUCACCAUCAUGUCCCUCAGCUACUGGAGAGUCUUUUAACAGGUCUUCUGUAUCAUCGUCCUGAGGACCCCGUCGACUUCCUGCAGCGCUGCCUGAUCACAACCAGACAGCUGGGGGGUCCUGAGUCCGUCGCCUGGGACACCUUUAUUCACCUGGAGAGACUCCAACUGAGCCUCGGACCCCCGAGAACAACAUCUGUCCCCCCAAUAAUAAGCCAGAUACCCUCAAUACCCCCCAGACCAACAUCUGUAGCCCCAAUAAUAACCCAGAUAUCCUCAAUACUCCCCAAAGCAACAUCUGUACCCCCUACAACAUCAUCAGUUGCUCCAAUAAUACUCCAGAUACCCACAACAGCACCCCUAAUACUUCCUUUAACACCAUCAAUACCUCCCAAAAUCACAGUACUACCCCCUAUAAAACCCCAAAUAUCACCCCCAAUGCUCCAAAUACCCCAAAAAAUACACCCAAUACCCCAAACAACACCCCUUAUACCACAGAAAAUACCCCUUAUACCCCAAACAAUACCCUCAAUACCACAAACAACAUCUACUACACCUUGGAUAACACCCCCAAUGCAUCCAACAUUCAUGGUAGCCCCACCAACACAUUCUGGGCCCCAAACUCCCAAAACAUCUGCCCUAGUCCCACUGACACCCCAGGUUUCCACCAUCAACAGUAAAACACCUCCUGGAACUGCCCAAACAACUCCUGAACCCAAACUGUUCACCCUGGGUCCACCUGGACCUGCAGUGGCCCGACCUGUCCACUCCAAGAGGGGGACAGAGAAAGAACAGGAAACAGUGAGCACAGAGGCUCCCUCUCCUGGUCUUCCUCCUUCCCCAGUCCAGUCUCAGCUUUCCAUAGACUCAGACUCUGACAUGACGGAAAGUUCUGGACUCCUUCUGGAAGUCAGCAUCCUCCCUCCUCGGAGGUCUCGUCCUCUGAUCAUCUUCAUCAUCGGUGGUCCAGGAAGUGGGAAGGGAAGUCAGGCAGCUAAGCUAGCUCGCUGCUUCAGCCUCAGAGUCCUUUCAUUGGAUGAGCUGCUCAGAAGGCAGCUGCUAAGCCACGCCUCCCCCAGCAGGAAGUGGAGGGUUAUUUCAGAAAUGAUGGGCCAUGGAGAGCUGGGACCACAGGAAGAGACGAUCUCAGAGCUGAGAAGACAGUUGAUUGGUCAGCAGGAGGUCAGAGGGUUCAUUGUGGAUGGAUUCCCUCCAGAUGUCCACCAGGCUCUUAGCUUCCAGGAACAGAUUGGUUCUCCUGAUCUAGUGAUGCUGCUACUCUGCUCCAAUGAGACGCUGCGCUGUCGUCUGCAGCGACGAGCCACUCAGCUCGGUCUCCUAGGAGACAAUAGCUACGCCCUGCGGAGACGCCUGGAGACAUUUCAGAGAGACAUCGUCUCCAUCAGCAGAUACUACAGACAGCUACACCUGCUGACACAGGUGGAUGCAGACAGAGAUGAGGAAGUGGUAUUUUCUGAUUUGAGUUCAGUCAUCAGAGAGAAACUGCUUCCCAAGGAUUUAUCAGAUUUUGCUGAUAUUCCAGAAUGUAGCAGUGUGAUCAGAUCUGUCAAUAAUAACUCAGUAUGAACCCUGACUCUGUCAUUAAUAAUAAUAAUCAAGUCGUUGUUGUUCAGUGUGUUCCCUCUGUUUACUUGUAUAUCACCUAAUUAUUAACUGUUCAUUUAUUAUUGUUCACUACCUGUUUAUUACCCUUUUAUCAUUCAUUUAUACUAGUUUAUUAACUCCUUAUUACCUAUUAAUUACCUGGUUUUUUUAACCGUUUCUUUAACCUGUUUAUACCUGUUUGUUAUUUGUUUACUACCUGUUUACUUCCCGUUUAUUACUGUUUACUACCUGUUCAUCACCAUUUAUCAUGUUAUUACCUGUUUAUUACCUGUAAAACAUGAUGUAUGCCAAGUGUGUGUUCUGACUUUUGGGUGUAUGUUACUGUCAGUAUGAGUAUAUUUAAUUUUUAAAUGUUCAUUCUCUGUUAAAAGUCAAUUUUGAUUAACUUUAUGUUCUUUCAUGGGUAUUCUAGUUGUUGGUUUGUUUGGUUGAAGGCAUUUAUUGCCGCUUUGGAUUAAAGCCUCAGCUUGAUAAAUGUAAUAUAAUGGGAUAUAAUGUUAUUCGGUCUAAACUCACACAUAUUCAAUAACUCAAUGAAUGACACAACAUAAUCCACCCCAUUAUAAGAGUCAAUAUUAUUAUUAUAAAGUAUGUGAUCACGUUAUAUGUUGUAAUCAAUAUGGGCAGAUCAUCACUAUUAUUAUGAUUCAGUUGAGUUCUAUCCUAAAAUAUCAACUUCAGAUCAUUUCAUGUAAGUGUUGUAAUAUUGUGACUGUAUUCCCUGAAUAAGGAAGUUGUUGAUUGUUCACACGUGUCCUCACUGUCUGUAUGAUUAUUGUGCCGCUGAUCUUUCAGAAGGAUUUGUUAUUGAAACAUAAAGUG